AUGCCAGAAGACUGCGCCAAUCCGCGUCUUGCGGAAUGGCUGAAAGAAUGGAUGGACGAGGCCAAAGAAAGGAAUAGCAAGGCAUACACCGUCUACAAGAAAGCUUACGAUUCCAUGAAAGCAUGUCCCUUACGCUUCGACCAUCCUUCCGAAGCCCAACAACUCAAUGGCCUUGGUCCCAAACUAUGUGACCGCCUGACCGACAAAUUGAAGGAGUUCUGCGACCAGAAUGGCAUUCCAAUGCCCCCAAAGCGGCGGAACAAAAGAAGAACAUCUGAAGCUGUCCUGUCCGACUCCGCAGGUCCCGCCGAGCCCGAACAGCAUCCUCCCGCAAGAAAAGUGCGCAAGUCGCAGCCGUACGUCCCAAAGUUGAGGUCAGGUGCAUACGCUCUGAUCCUGGCAUUGGGGACCUUGGACCGAGAGUCAAAUCAAGCAAUCUCCAAAAACGACCUGAUGGCAUUGGCGCAACCGCUCUGUGACUCGUCCUUCUAUGCACCCAGUGACCCGACCAAGUUCUAUACGGCCUGGAAAUCCAUGCAGACCCUUGAGAACAAAGAACUUGUCUGCACAAAGGGCCACCCCACAAAAAAGUACUAUCUGUCCGAUGAAGGAUGGGAGGUUGCAGUUCGAAUGAAGGCAACCCUGGAGGGACCCAAUCUGUCACUGCCUAGUCCCAAAGGCCAAAAGAGAGCACCUUCACACGGGCGUAGUCCAUCAAGGCACAUAUCUCUCGAGCCUGUUACUCAGCGGGCUGCUCCAAUACUGCAGGCUCCAGCAAAUGGGACAGGAUCUACAGAGUCUCACCGACGCAUAGUCGACGCAUUGUCUGAUGAUGAAUCGGUUUGGGCCGUUUCAGAACCAGAGCGUCCCAACUUUGUAUCCCGGAAGAUUCAUCCUGAGAUCCAGUCGGUCAGUGCUCAACCCUCCUCCGAGGAUACAAUUCGCCUACCCUCGGGCAGGUUCGAAGUGAAAAUGGUCCUGGAUAUGCGAGAAGUCCGCACGACUACCGACCGAGACUACAUUUCUGCAGAGUUGAAGAAGCUAGGAGUGGUGCCGAUUCUCCGCUCGCUGCCUUUGGGCGACGUUCUAUGGAUUGCACAGGUCGAUUCGGUGUACGCAGAGACUUUAAGGAGGGCCAACGUCGGAGAUGACGAAGAGGGAAAUGCUGAAAUUGUCCUGGAACAUAUCCUCGAACGCAAAAGACUUGACGACUUGAUAGGCAGUAUCAAGGAUGGACGUUUCCAUGAGCAAAAGUUUCGACUACACAAGUCGGGCAUCAAAAAUGUCACCUACUUGGUCGAAGAAUACUCUCUUUCUGCAGAGCGCAGUGAAAAAUAUGGAGAAGCACUGGAGAGCGCCAUUGCGAGUAUGCAGGUAGUCAACAACUUUUUCGUCAAGCAGACGUCCAAGUUGGAUGACACCAUUCGAUAUCUGGCCCGAAUGACCAACACACUGAAGUCAUUGUACGAAACCAAAGAUAUCCAUGUCAUUCCGUCGCGAAGAUUUGAGGCAGAGGCCGUCGUGAUUACGCUGGACCGGUUGAGAAGAAUCUCGCCUGGGAGGAUAUAUGGAGUGACAUUCUCUACAUUCGGAGCCAUGUGUGACAAGUCGGAGAGCAUGACUCUCAGAGACGUCUAUCUCAAGAUGCUGAUGUGUACGAGAGGUGUGACGGGAGAGAAAGCGGUCGAAAUCCAGAAGAUCUGGCCUACUCCGCGCGCCCUGGCCGAAGCAUUCGAGGCCCGGCAAAGUGGCCCAGACAAAGACAACAUGGUCAGCGAUCGAUUGGGAAAUGCAAUUCCCCGAAAGAAGGUGGCGAAGUCCCUCAGCGCAAAGAUUGCAGAGAUCUGGGGGUGA